AGAGAGCAACAGUUGUCGCACGGUCACUCUAAGCCGCAAUGUGUUUGUAGGAUUGAAAGUUUAGUUCAGGUUUAUUCCCGUCUUUCAAAGCUUCUCUGGUGAUAUAGCUGCCCACUGUACAGCUGCCCCAAGAUGCGUCCGUUCUCCGGCAGCGAUUGCCUGAAACCCGUGGCCGAGGGCAUCAAUCGCGCAUUUGGCGCCAAGGAGCCAUGGCAGGUGGCCACCAUCACGGCCACCACGGUCCUCGGAGGCGUCUACCUCUGGACAGUUAUCUGCCAGGAUGAAAGUCUGUACAUCCGUGGCAAGCGCCAGUUCUUCAAGUUCGCCAAGAAAAUUCCCGCCGUGCGCCGCCAGGUGGAGGUGGAGUUGGCCAAGGCCAAGAAUGAUUUUGAGACGGAAAUCAAGAAGAACAACGCCCACCUUACCUACACGGAAGUCCUGCCCGAGAAGGGACUCAGCAAGGAGGAAAUCCUGCGACUGGUGGACGAGCACCUCAAGACCGGUCACUACGACUGGCGAGAUGGUCGUGUAUCCGGUGCAGUCUACGGCUACAAGCCUGAGCUCGUGGAGCUCGUCACCGAGGUGUACGGCAAGGCCUCCUACACGAAUCCCCUACACGCAGAUCUCUUCCCGGGCGUCUGCAAAAUGGAGGCGGAGGUGGUGCGCAUGGCGUGCAACCUCUUCCACGGAAACUCCGCCAGCUGCGGCACAAUGACCACCGGCGGCACCGAGUCCAUCGUGAUGGCCAUGAAGGCCUUCAGGGAUUACGCGAGGGAGCACAAGGGUAUCACCAAACCGAACAUCGUGGUGCCCAAGACUGUGCACGCUGCCUUCGACAAGGGUGGCCAGUACUUCAACAUCCACGUGCGCUCCGUGGAUGUAGAUCCGGAGACCUACGAGGUCGACAUCAAGAAGUUCAAGCAUGCCAUUAACAGGAACACCAUUCUGCUUGUCGGCUCUGCCCCCAACUUCCCCUACGGAACAAUCGAUGACAUCGAAGCCAUCGCCGCUCUGGGCGUGAAGUACGACAUUCCCGUGCACGUGGACGCCUGUCUGGGCAGCUUUGUGGUGGCCCUGGUCCGCAACGCUGGCUACAAGCUGCGUCCCUUCGACUUCGAGGUCAAGGGAGUGACUAGUAUCUCCGCCGACACCCACAAGUACGGAUUCGCGCCGAAGGGAUCGUCGGUGAUCCUCUACUCGGACAAGAAGUACAAGGACCAUCAGUUCACCGUGACCACCGACUGGCCUGGUGGCGUGUACGGCUCCCCCACCGUAAACGGCUCCCGUGCCGGAGGCAUUAUCGCCGCCUGCUGGGCCACCAUGAUGAGCUUCGGCUAUGAUGGUUACCUGGAGGCCACCAAGCGCAUCGUAGACACAGCUCGUUAUAUCGAAAGGGGGGUUCGUGACAUCGACGGCAUCUUUGUGUUUGGCAAGCCAGCCACGUCGGUGAUUGCUCUGGGCUCCAAUGUGUUUGACAUUUUCCGGCUCGCGGACUCGCUGUGCAAACUGGGCUGGAACCUGAACAGCCUGCAGUUCCCCUCUGGCAUCCACAUCUGCGUGACGGACAUGCACACACAGCCCGGAGUGGCAGAUAAAUUCAUUGCCGAUGUGCGCAGCUGCACGGCGGAGAUCAUGAAGGAUCCCGGCCAGCCAGUGGUUGGAAAGAUGGCCCUCUACGGCAUGGCCCAGAGCAUACCCGACCGUUCGGUGAUAGGAGAAGUGACUCGCCUCUUCCUGCACUCCAUGUACUACACGCCCAGCCAGAAAUAGACGCCUGUAGCCAUCCUCCUACUCUUCUCCCACCCCACGGAGCUAGUGCAUUUCCUGUGCCGUAUUUAAACCACCAAAACACCGCGUUGUUAAACCUUCCUCAAACGCAAUUAUUCUAGCCUGCAAUUAGUGCUGUAAUCGAGGGUACAAAACGUCGUUCUACGCGAAUACGAUCUAUAUUCAUCCCAACUAUCAACAUUCGUUGCUCUUGGAGCUAUGUUAUUGAAAAGUGUUUUUCUGUGUAACUUGCUAGUGAAAUAAUAAAAUACCAUUAAUCAUUUUUGUAUACUCGAAAA